UGGCCACAAUGAACAGAGUGAGGCUGAGAGUCAAUUACACCAAAAACUAGUGAGAAAAAAAAAAGUGAUUUUUUGUGAGAUCUAAACACUUUUAGCGAUUUUGGUUUUGUUCUUUAACAUUCUUUCCCCUUUUUUCUGUUACACCCCGCUUCUCUGAAUCCCUUUCUGUUAAUCAUCUGUCUUUGAGAAAAAAAUCUGAAUUUUGGGUUUGUUUUUCAGUACUUAACAUUGGGUAGAAAGCAAACUUAGGCAAGGAUUUCUUGAAAAGCCAGGUGUUUUCAGAAUCGAGAUCCAGGUUUUCUUCUGCAAGUUCCCAUAUUUGUUUUUCAAGAUAAAUUUUAGACCUUUUUCCAAAUUUUUUUUUAGAUAAAAUCAGCUUGGAGGGUGAUUUUUGGUCCCUCAAAAGUUUUAUUUUUUAGGCUAUCUUGGGUUUCAAGGAGUUAUAUUUUUUUAGAAAAAAAAUCCUUAAAUCUUUUUUUUUUUUUGUUCCGAAGCCUGUUCUUAAGUUUUGGUAAGAAACAGGUUACUUUUUUAUUUUGAGUCUGUUGUUAUCCAAGUCUCAAUCUAUUUUUGUUUUUAAGAGAUGGCUUCUACAAUGGAUUUCCAUAGUAGCAGAGGAGUUCAAUCAGAUCUGUAUGGUGGAGAGUUGAUGGAAGCACUUGAACCUUUUAUGAAAAGUGUUUCAUACUCUUCCUCUUCUUGCCCUUCCCCCUCUCCUUCUUACUCUUCUAUCUCUUCUCCUUCCCCUUCUUAUCUUUCUUCUACUUCUUACCUGUCUUCUGCUCAAAUACAACCCAGUUUUUACCAAGAUGGUUGUUACUCCACAACAAUUGACCAAUUUUCAGGUCUCCAACAGCAGCAACAACCUCAACCUGGUUCAAAAAUUGGGCUAAACAACUUAACCCAAGCUCAGAUCCACCAGAUCCAGGCUCAAUUCCCGCUCCAAGACAACCUACCAAGCUACCUUUAUCAAAACUGCCAACCCAACAGCAACAGCAACCAUAUGCUCAGCUUUCUUAGCCCCAAACCCGUACCAAUGAAGCAGAUGGGUUCACCUCCAAAACCCACCAAGCUUUACAGAGGAGUUAGGCAACGUCACUGGGGAAAAUGGGUUGCUGAGAUCAGGCUACCUAAAAACCGGACACGUCUUUGGUUAGGCACUUUUGACACAGCUGAGGAAGCAGCCUUGGCUUAUGAUAAAGCAGCCUAUAAACUUAGAGGUGACUUUGCGAGACUCAACUUCCCUAACCUUCGCCACCAAGGUUCCCACAUCGGAGGCGAUUUUGGUGAAUACAAGCCUUUACAUUCCUAUGUUGAUGCUAAGCUACAAGCCAUUUGUGAAAGCUUGGAACUAAAUCAAAAGCAAGGAAGGAAGAAAAAAUCAUCAAGGGAGACAGUUGAGAAGAAAAGCAACAACGAAGUUCACGUGCCUGAGCCUGAGCCUGAGCCUGAGGAAAAGACAGUGAAGGUGGAGAACUCAUCGUUGUCUCCGGUUCUAUCGGAGAGUGAGGGGUCAGCAGAAUCUUCACCUUUGUCAGAUCUUACAUUCUCGGAUUUCAACGAACAGCCAUGGCCUGAAGUUGUUUCGUCUUCAGAAAAUUUUAUGUUGUCGAAAUACCCUUCCGAGAUUGAUUGGGAUUCUAUUCUUAAAACGUAAGAAAAAAAACAUGUUUCAUUUGUUGUAACAGCACUUUUAUGUUAGGUUCUUAUCUUUUGUGUAUUUAUGUAAGCUCUCUGCAAUGGAGUUUUUGGCAGUUGCAGUGGCGGGUUUUUUAGGUUAUUAUGAGUCUGUUAAUAGGUAGGAUUCUUAGUAUUAGUUGUGUAAGUCUUAUGUUUAUAAGAAUUUGAGAUCUUCUCCAUGGUGGCCAGCUCCUUUUUCUCUUUCUGGAACAAGGGAGAAAUUUGUUAGUGUCCGUAGAAGUUUCAUAACUUUUGUAAUUGAAUCUAUUAAUAUUAUUACUUAUGGUCUUUUAUGUGUUA